CAAAUGUUAUGAGUGAAUCAAAAUGAUUAAUUUUAAUUCUAACUAUAAGUUUUUGGACAUGUUUAAUAAAAGAAGAACAAUAUUUUAUUUUGUUUUUUUUACAUUACUAAUUUUUUGGUUCAUUGGAAUUCGAAGUAGAGAUGCAUCACAAUAUCAAAUUUUAAAACAGACAUUGGAACACACUAAAGAGGAAUUGAAAAUCAAUUAUAUAAAUUAUAAUAUUUUAAAAGAAAGAUUUGAAAGUAUAUGUGAUAAAUGGCAACCAAACAUUCCAGUUAUAUAUGCUAUCACACCUACUUACAAAAGACCUGUACAAAAAGCUGAACUAACAAGAUUGUCUAACACUUUUCGUCUAGUAAAUAAUUUCCAUUGGAUUAUUGUUGAAGAUUCUGAAAUAAAAACGUCACUUGUAGCCAAUUUGCUGCAUAAAAGUAAUUUAAAUUACACUCACUUAGCCAUAGGAACACCAGCUGAAUGGAAGAGAAAAUUAAAAGAACCUAAAUGGAAGAAACCUAGAGGAGUUAAACAAAGAAAUAAGGCUUUAGAAUGGUUAAGGAAUAACAAAGCUAAAGAAAAUGAUGAGGGCAUAAUUUUUUUUGCUGAUGAUGAUAACACAUAUAGUGUUGAUUUAUUUAAUGAAAUGCGAACAGUAAAAGGUGUUGGUGUAUGGCCAGUUGGUCUUGUUGGUGGUCUUUUAGUAGAAAAACCAUUAAUAAAUAGUAAAGGUAAAGUAAUUGGUUGGAAUAGUGCUUGGAGACCAGAACGACCGUUUCCCGUUGAUAUGGCAGGUUUUGCCAUUAAUUUAAAACUUUUACAUAAACGCCCGAAUGCUGAAUUUUCGUGGGAUGUCAGUCGAGGUUUCCAAGAAAGUGCUAUACUUUCACAGGUAACCACUGUAGAACAAUUGGAGCCUAUGGCAGAUAAUUGUACUAAAGUGUAUGUGUGGCAUACCAGAACUGAAGAACCUAUACUAAAAGCAGAAGAAAAACUUAAAAAUCGUGGACUUCGAUCAGACAUGAAUAUUGAAGUUUAAUCUCAAUCAGUGAUGCGAAAAUCAGGUGUUUUAUUUGUGUAUAAUUAUUUUAGUUUUUAAAUAAUCUUGAAAGAAUCGCUGCUCAAAUGAGAAAUUAAAACCCAAUUCAUGCUUUUACUCUUCAAAUUUAGUUGCUGCACAAAUUAAAAUGAUUUGUUAGUUUCAUAAACCAAUACAAAUAAUUGGAAAAAUAAUUAAAUUAUAAAUUAUUCAC